GCCUCCUCACUCACCCCACCCGUCCCUCCCGCGCCGCCACCCCCCACAGGUAAGGAGGAGGAGGCGAGGAUGUCGCACCGCAAGUUCGAGCACCCGAGGCACGGUUCCCUCGGCUUCCUCCCCAGGAAGCGCGCCUCCCGCCACCGCGGCAAGGUGAAGUCCUUCCCCAGGGAUGACCCCAAGAAGCCAUGCCACCUCACUGCCUUCCUUGGCUACAAGGCUGGCAUGACACACAUUGUCCGUGAGGUCGAGAAGCCUGGAUCCAAACUCCACAAGAAGGAAACCUGUGAAGCUGUUACCAUCAUUGAAACUCCUCCUCUUGUCAUUGUUGGUCUUGUGGCAUAUGUGAAGACUCCUCGUGGCCUCCGCACCCUCAACUCUGUCUGGGCUCAGCACCUGAGUGAGGAAGUGAGGAGGAGGUUCUACAAGAACUGGUGCAAGAGCAAGAAGAAGGCUUUCACUAAGUAUGCUCUCAAGUAUGACAGUGAUGCUGGUAAGAAGGAAAUUCAGCUGCAGCUUGAGAAGAUGAAGAAGUACGCUUCUGUUAUCCGUGUGAUUGCCCACACCCAGAUUAGGAAGAUGAAGGGUUUGAAGCAGAAGAAGGCUCACCUCAUGGAGAUCCAGGUCAAUGGUGGUACCAUUGCUGACAAGGUGGACUAUGGCUACAAGUUCUUUGAGAAGGAGGUCCCGGUUGAUGCUGUGUUCCAGAAGGAUGAGAUGAUUGACAUCAUUGGCGUGACCAAGGGUAAGGGUUAUGAGGGUGUGGUCACUCGGUGGGGUGUCACCCGCCUUCCCCGCAAGACCCACAGGGGUCUCCGCAAGGUUGCCUGUAUUGGUGCCUGGCAUCCGGCUAGGGUUUCCUACACUGUUGCCCGUGCUGGUCAGAAUGGAUACCACCACCGUACUGAGAUGAACAAGAAGGUUUACAAGAUUGGCAAGUCUGGGCAGGAGAGCCAUGAUGCCUCCACAGAGUUUGACAGGACUGAGAAGGACAUCACCCCCAUGGGCGGCUUCCCCCACUACGGUAUCGUCAAGGGUGACUACCUGAUGAUCAAGGGUUGCUGCGUUGGCCCCAAGAAGAGAGUGGUGACCCUCCGCCAGUCGCUGCUAAAGCAGACCUCGCGGCUGGCCCUGGAGGAGAUCAAGCUCAAGUUCAUCGACACCUCGUCCAAGUUCGGGCACGGUCGCUUCCAGACCACCGACGAGAAGCAGAAGUUCUACGGGAAGGUCAAGGCCUAAGCUACUGUGUUAUGCUGCUUGUUCCGCACUGCGAAAAUCCCUCAAUUGUUACCAGAUACUUGUUUCCUGUGGUACUAAGUUUUGUAGCAGAAGAUGUUUGAGAACCUGUUCCCAAGUUUAUCUGCGGAAUUCGUGUCCUGCCCUGCAGUCCCUUGUUUGUGCGAUUUUGCCA